AUGAUGAAUGUUGUGAUCUCGACAUUACAGAAUAUACGCGUAACUUUUUCAAUGGCUCAUGGCAAUAUUGAGAAUGAAUUGUUACUUCAAAUUCCAUUAAAACAAGCAUUCGCAUCUGAACUACGUCAUAACAAUCUGAAAAUCUAUGCAGAUGUAGCUUGGGUUUUAACUUUUUUCGAAAAUCUUCAACGCUACAGUGGACUUGAUUGA